GAGAGAGACAGAGAGAGAGAGAGAGAGAGAGAGAGAGAGAGAGAGAGAGAGAGAGAAGGAAGGCUCUGUCUUUACUGUAGCUGCAGGUCCAGAGGUGUGUUUUCACUCUCAGGUUGAACAUUAGCAGCGACAACACUGCACACUGAGAAGAGAAGAAAGGAAGUGAAACAACCUUCUACCAGCACUUCUACCACAGAAACCAGCGCAAACCUACUGCUGGGAAGGGAACCGGAAUCAAACCGAGGACUUAUUUAUUUAUUUUCUGCUUCAUUUCACUCAGUUACACCAUAAACCUUCUUUAUACAGCCUGAAAAAGAGGUACAGAAGCUCAAGGUCUAUCAGAGCUGGUGAGGAAAAACAUCUUGAACCGGGUGUUAUAUCACCUCUGACCGGAGGCGACUGAAGGCUGAGGAAUCUAGAGCAGCUUUGAUCUACUCAAGCCUGGACGAGUCUAAGCAUCUCAGUCGCUGCGUGAGCCAACCUGCCCAACUCCUCUCCGCCGGGCGAAAUGAGUACAAAACUAAAUCACUCACAGGAUGUGGAAUGCGGCCUCAUGGCUUCCUCUGGCGGUCAGCACAGAGACUACAGGAAACUGGCCAUCGGCAGCAUCAUCUGCGGCCUUUCCUGCCUCGGCAUCAUGUCCCUGAUUUACUCUGUCAAGACUCGGGCGAUGAACAAGGGAAAGCUUAACAUACCAGAAGCAGACAGAGCAAAGAAAGGCAAGGAGUACUCUAAGAAAGCUCGGAAUUAUGGGAUAUUCGCCAUUGUGGCCUGGGUGGCCCUGCUGAUUCUCAUCCCUCUGCUGACGGGACUGGUGUCGUACCUCCUGACCUUAAUAAACUGAGAGAAAACCACAGAAACACUGAGCAGUGAGCCUGGAAAACCAAGGGAGACGUGACUUGUUGCUAUGGACACGGGUUCCAGAUUUCUGGACUAUGAACUAUAAGUGGACACGUCCAUCAACAAACUCAGAAUAGUAGCCAACCAUCUGUCUGGCCCAGCUCAUACUAAAGCGUCCAGGAAACGGAUUCUAUAUUGGAAUAAAGGCCAGGAAUUCCAUUAUCGUUCAGUCAGUGAGAGUGAACGAGGGAUUUAAAGCACCUUCUGCAAACUGAACAAAACAAACCAACACUAACAUGUAAAGAGGAAUUCCACUGUUUUUAAAACUCCUGUAUGAUUAACUGGUUAAGAUGUAAACAGAGUCGUUCA